GCAAAUGUUUAAAUGACUUACAAACUGACCACACCUCCUUAGAAGAAGUCAGGCUAGGCUACUCAAUCAACGUUGAAGCACCGGGUGAAAGUUUUUACAUUGAUAGAAAACAGCAUAUAAUACCGACAAUUAAAUUAACCCUCUUUAGAUUUAUAAGUAUGAUAUUACGUUUGAGUUUCACCUGAGCUCGUGACACUCCUUGCUUAGCUCCUCAAGCUUUCCGUGUAAGGUGGAUUUCUCAAUCAGGAAGUAAUAUCAAGUUAAAAUGGGGAGUAAGGAGCGCUACCACUGGCAGACCCAGAAUGUUAAGAUCAGCGGGGUGGACGACAUGGUCCUGCUGUCCAAGAUCAACGAGGAUGCCAUCACUGACAACCUCAAGAAGAGAUACAUGGACGACUACAUCUUCACCUACAUAGGGUCGGUGCUGAUCUCUGUCAACCCCUUUAAACAGCUGCCCUACUUCACCGACAGAGAGGUGGAGCUCUACCAGGGAGCUGCCCAGUAUGAGAACCCCCCUCACAUCUACGCCCUGGCUGACAACAUGUACCGUAACAUGAUGAUCGACUGUGAGAACCAGUGUGUCAUCAUCAGUGGGGAGAGUGGAGCAGGAAAGACCGUAGCAGCAAAAUACAUAAUGGGUUACAUCUCCAAGGUGUCGGGCGGAGGUCCCAAAGUCCAGCACGUAAAAGACAUCAUCCUCCAAUCCAACCCUCUCCUGGAGGCCUUUGGGAAUGCCAAGACUGUGCGCAACAAUAACUCUAGUCGCUUUGGGAAGUACUUUGAGAUCCAGUUCAGCCGUGGAGGAGAGCCAGACGGAGGGAAGAUCUCCAACUUCCUGUUGGAGAAGUCCAGGGUGGUGUCACAGAACCAGGGAGAGAGGAACUUCCACAUCUACUACCAGCUCCUGGGGGGCGCCACUAAAGAGAUGAGGGAGAACCUUGGUGUCACCACACCUGACUACUACCUCUACCUGAACCAGUCUGGCACCUACACCGUGGAGGAUGUCAACGAUAAGAAGGAAUUCUCUGACACCAUGGAGGCCAUGUUAGUGGUGGGCCUGUCUGUAGAUGAUCAGGACAUGGUGCUGCAGAUUGUAGCAGGCAUCCUGCAUCUGGGUAACAUCGCCUUCAGAGAGGAGGGAAACUAUGCUGUGGUGGAGAGUGAGGACUUCCUGGCGUUCCCGGCCUACCUGUUGGGAAUCUCCCAGGAGGGUCUGAAAAACAAGCUGACCAGCCGGAUCAUGGACAGCAAGUGGGGAGGCAAGACGGAGAGCAUCGCUGUCACCCUGAACACAGAGCAGGCCUCCUUCACACGGGACGCCCUCUCCAAAGCCCUCUACUCACGCCUGUUUGACUUUCUUGUGGAUUCUAUCAACAAAGCCAUACAGAAAGACCAUGAGGAAUUCAACAUCGGAGUGCUGGACAUCUAUGGCUUUGAAAUCUUCCAGAAAAACGGCUUUGAGCAGUUCUGCAUCAACUUUGUGAAUGAGAAACUGCAGCAGAUUUUCAUUGAGCUCACGUUAAAAGCUGAGCAGGAGGAGUAUGUGCAGGAAGGGAUCAAGUGGACACCAAUCGAGUACUUUAACAACAAAAUCGUGUGUGACCUCAUUGAGUCCAAACUGAACCCCCCAGGCAUCAUGAGUAUCUUGGACGAUGUGUGUGCCACCAUGCAUGCUAAGGGGGAGGGUGCAGACCAGACCCUGAUCCAGAAGCUACAAGCGGGAAUCAGCUCCCAUGAGCACUUCAACAGCUGGAAUAAAGGCUUCAUAGUGCACCACUACGCUGGCAAGGUGUCCUAUGACGUCAGUGGCUUCUGUGAGAGGAACAGAGAUGUGCUCUUCAACGACAUCAUUGAGCUGAUGCAGAGCAGUGAAUUUGCCUUCAUAAAAACCCUUUUCCCAGAAAACCUAGAGGCAGAGAAAAAGGGCCGUCCUACCACCGCCAGUAGCAAGAUCAAGAAACAAGCCAACAACCUGGUCCAGACCCUGAUGAAGUGCACCCCCCACUACAUCCGCUGUAUCAAGCCCAACGAGACCAAGAAGCCUCGGGACUGGGAGGACACUCGGGCCAAACACCAGGUGGAGUACCUGGGCCUGCGGGAGAACAUUCGUGUGCGCCGCGCCGGGUACGCAUUCCGCCGAGCCUUUGCCAAGUUCCUGCAGAGGUACGCCAUCCUGACCAGGGAGACAUGGCCCCGGUGGACAGGGGAGGAGAGGAAGGGGGUUCUCCACCUCCUCCGCUCUGUCAACAUGGACCAGGACCAGUACCAGCUGGGAAAGACUAAGAUCUUCAUCAAGGCCCCAGAAUCAUUGUUCUUGCUGGAGGAGAUGAGGGAAAGGAAAUAUAACGGAUAUGCUCGGGCCAUCCAGAAGGCCUGGCGCAAACACAUCGCCGUCCGCAAGUACGUCAAGAUGAGAGAGGAAGCCUCAGACAUCCUACUGAAUAAGAAGGAGAGGAGGAGGAACAGUUCAGUACUGUAUCACACUGUGUCGUGUCCUGUAGCCUCAGACAUCCUACUGAAUAAGAAGGAGAGGAGGAGGAACAGUUCAGUACUGUAUCACACUGUGUCGUGUCCUGUAGCCUCAGACAUCCUACUGAAUAAGAAGGAGAGGAGGAGGAACAGUUCAGUACUGUAUCACACUGUGUCGUGUCCUGUAGCCUCAGACAUCCUACUGAAUAAGAAGGAGAGGAGGAGGAACAGUUCAGUACUGUAUCACACUGUGUCGUGUCCUGUAGCCUCAGACAUCCUACUGAAUAAGAAGGAGAGGAGGAGGAACAGUUCAGUACUGUAUCACACUGUGUCGUGUCCUGUAGCCUCAGACAUCCUACUGAAUAAGAAGGAGAGGAGGAGGAACAGUUCAGUACUGUAUCACACUGUGUCGUGUCCUGUAGCCUCAGACAUCCUACUGAAUAAGAAGGAGAGGAGGAGGAACAGUUCAGUACUGUAUCACACUGUGUCGUGUCCUGUAGCCUCAGACAUCCUACUGAAUAAGAAGGAGAGGAGGAGGAACAGUUCAGUACUGUAUCACACUGUGUCGUGUCCUGUAGCCUCAGACAUCCUACUGAAUAAGAAGGAGAGGAGGAGGAACAGUUCAGUACUGUAUCACACUGUGUCGUGUCCUGUAGCCUCAGACAUCCUACUGAAUAAGAAGGAGAGGAGGAGGAACAGUUCAGUACUGUAUCACACUGUGUCGUGUCCUGUAGCCUCAGACAUCCUACUGAAUAAGAAGGAGAGGAGGAGGAACAGUUCAGUACUGUAUCACACUGUGUCGUGUCCUGUAGCCUCAGACAUCCUACUGAAUAAGAAGGAGAGGAGGAGGAACAGUUCAGUACUGUAUCACACUGUGUCGUGUCCUGUAGCCUCAGACAUCCUACUGAAUAAGAAGGAGAGGAGGAGGAACAGUUCAGUACUGUAUCACACUGUGUCGUGUCCUGUAGCCUCAGACAUCCUACUGAAUAAGAAGGAGAGGAGGAGGAACAGUUCAGUACUGUAUCACACUGUGUCGUGUCCUGUAGCCUCAGACAUCCUACUGAAUAAGAAGGAGAGGAGGAGGAACAGUUCAGUACUGUAUCACACUGUGUCGUGUCCUGUAGCCUCAGACAUCCUACUGAAUAAGAAGGAGAGGAGGAGGAACAGUUCAGUACUGUAUCACACUGUGUCGUGUCCUGUAGCCUCAGACAUCCUACUGAAUAAGAAGGAGAGGAGGAGGAACAGUUCAGUACUGUAUCACACUGUGUCGUGUCCUGUAGCCUCAGACAUCCUACUGAAUAAGAAGGAGAGGAGGAGGAACAGUUCAGUACUGUAUCACACUGUGUCGUGUCCUGUAGCCUCAGACAUCCUACUGAAUAAGAAGGAGAGGAGGAGGAACAGUUCAGUACUGUAUCACACUGUGUCGUGUCCUGUAGCCUCAGACAUCCUACUGAAUAAGAAGGAGAGGAGGAGGAACAGUUCAGUACUGUAUCACACUGUGUCGUGUCCUGUAGCCUCAGACAUCCUACUGAAUAAGAAGGAGAGGAGGAGGAACAGUUCAGUACUGUAUCACACUGUGUCGUGUCCUGUAGCCUCAGACAUCCUACUGAAUAAGAAGGAGAGGAGGAGGAACAGUUCAGUACUGUAUCACACUGUGUCGUGUCCUGUAGCCUCAGACAUCCUACUGAAUAAGAAGGAGAGGAGGAGGAACAGUUCAGUACUGUAUCACACUGUGUCGUGUCCUGUAGCCUCAGACAUCCUACUGAAUAAGAAGGAGAGGAGGAGGAACAGUUCAGUACUGUAUCACACUGUGUCGUGUCCUGUAGCCUCAGACAUCCUACUGAAUAAGAAGGAGAGGAGGAGGAACAGUUCAGUACUGUAUCACACUGUGUCGUGUCCUGUAGCCUCAGACAUCCUACUGAAUAAGAAGGAGAGGAGGAGGAACAGUUCAGUACUGUAUCACACUGUGUCGUGUCCUGUAGCCUCAGACAUCCUACUGAAUAAGAAGGAGAGGAGGAGGAACAGUUCAGUACUGUAUCACACUGUGUCGUGUCCUGUAGCCUCAGACAUCCUACUGAAUAAGAAGGAGAGGAGGAGGAACAGUUCAGUACUGUAUCACACUGUGUCGUGUCCUGUAGCCUCAGACAUCCUACUGAAUAAGAAGGAGAGGAGGAGGAACAGUUCAGUACUGUAUCACACUGUGUCGUGUCCUGUAGCCUCAGACAUCCUACUGAAUAAGAAGGAGAGGAGGAGGAACAGUUCAGUACUGUAUCACACUGUGUCGUGUCCUGUAGCCUCAGACAUCCUACUGAAUAAGAAGGAGAGGAGGAGGAACAGUUCAGUACUGUAUCACACUGUGUCGUGUCCUGUAGCCUCAGACAUCCUACUGAAUAAGAAGGAGAGGAGGAGGAACAGUUCAGUACUGUAUCACACUGUGUCGUGUCCUGUAGCCUCAGACAUCCUACUGAAUAAGAAGGAGAGGAGGAGGAACAGUCUCAACAGGAACUUUGUGGGCGACUACAUCGGCACCAACAACCACCCCGAGAUCCGGCAGUUCGUGGGCCGCCGGGAGAAGAUCGAUUUUGCAGAUGUGGUUGCCAAAUAUGACCGCAGGUUUAGGACUGUGAAGCGUGACCUCAUCCUGACCCCUAAGUUCCUGUAUCUGAUUGGUCGGGAGAAGGUGAAGCAGGGACCAGAUAAGGGGCAGAUCCACGAGGUUCUGAAGAGACAGAUAGAAGUGGAGAAGAUUCAGUCAGUCUCUCUCAGCACCCUGCAGGAUGACUUCUUCAUCAUCCACGAGGAGCAUUACGACAGUGUCCUUCAGUGCAUCUUCAAGACGGAGUUCCUCAGUCUGCUCUACAAACGUUAUGAUGAGAAGACCCAGAGGAAGCUACCGCUCAAGUUCAACAACCUACUGGAGUUUAAGGUGAAGAAGGGAGGUUGGGGGCCGUUCUCAGCGGCUGGCUCCAGGCAGAUCCAGUUCCAGCCGGGCCAAGGAGAAGAGGCGGUUGUGAAGCCCAGCAGCAAGGUCCUCAUAGUCACCAUCGGACCUGGGCUCCCCAAGAACUCCAGACCGACCCGCAGGGACAACAGGAAAAGUCGCUACAUGGGAAACCAGACUCCAGGCUCAGGACAGCAGUCACAAGGCGCCCCCAGGGGCAGAGGCCGAGGUGGGGGUGGUGGUCAGCGGGGUGGGCCGCCCUCGUCCAGGGCUUCCAGGGUCUCUCUGCUCCGCCGACAGUCCAGUAUGGAGCAGCCCACACUACCACGACAACAGGGGUCCCGGCAGACCAACAACCGCUCCAACAACCAGAGCCAGGCAGACACCGCUUUCAUGAACGUGCCUGACCAGGGAGUGGCUGGUCUUCAUCGUAGACGCUCGAAGGAGGUCAAGCCUUCCCCAGGAGCGGGCCGCCCCAAGCCUGCCCCCAAGCCCAAGCCUCGCUCCCCAGAAUGCCGAGCGCUGUAUGCUUACGAUGCCCAGGACACUGAUGAGCUGAGCUUCAAUGCGGAGGAUGUCAUUGAAAUCCUCACUGAAGAUCCAUCAGGCUGGUGGUACGGUCGUCUUCGCGGGAGGGAAGGCAUGUUUCCUGGGAAUUAUGUGAAGAAGAUUUAGGCUGGAGCGAUGAGGGACUUGUCUAAAGGUAGAAUAUCUUGACUGGAUCAAGGGACAUAAGAUCUAGAAUGAAGGGAUGAGGGACAUGUCCAAUGAGAGAAGAUAUAGAAUGAAGCGAUGAGGGACAUGUCCAAUGAGAGAAGAUCUAGAAUGAAGCGAUGAGGGACAUGUCCAAUGAGAGAAGAUCUAGAAUGAAGCGAUGAGGGACAUGUCCAAUGAGAGAAGAUCUAGAAUGAAGCGAUGAGGGACAUGUUCAAUGAGAGCGAGGAGUCAGGUGGCAACAGUAGAAUUACAACCAUACCAAGUGCAUUACUACAGAGACAAAACAAAAAGCAUAAUUAAAGCAUUUCUCCAUGCCAUCUCUCUUUGGAGUCAGAGACAAGGGAAUGUGAUGAUUUUUCCCAAGAUGGUUUGAAGUGCAAAUACUAACUUUUAUCAAUGGAUUUUAUCGUUUUAGCUUUUUUUUUUUAAGGCUGAACGAAUAGACUUUUUGUUUUAUCCAGCAUCUUUUUAUAGACAUUUACCUGAAGUGUUCAAAUAAAUAUUAGUUUUAUUUGCUCCUUCACAUUUGUUUAAUACAUAGGACCAAAUGGCCAUAAUAAUCUCAGUUCAGGUGGAGUUGGGAUAGAAUGGGUAAUUACAAAAUAUUUUUGACAAGAUAUAUAUUGUAAAAUAUAUUAGUUGUGUAUUUUGUGACUCUCAAUGUCUUAGGUAGAUAUUUCACAAUUCUAUAUCAGUGAAGAUUUGUAAGGCAGGGUUUACACAGGCAGCCCAAUUCUGAUGUUUUACCCAAUUAUCGGCAAAAGAGCUGAUUUGAUUGGUCAAAAGACCAAUUCAUGGGAAAAUAAUCAGAAUUGGGCUGCCUGUGUAAACCCAGCCUUACCGAUCUUCACUGAUAUAGAAUUGUGAAAUAUCUACCUAAGAUGAUGAUGAACCAUAUAAGAUUUUAACAGAGCCUACCAUUCCCCAUGUUUUAUAAUAGGCUGCAUGGUACAUGUUAUUACCCAGAGAUGGGCUACAGUUGUCUGUUAAAAUAGAAAGAAAAGACAGUUGAUUGUUUGUCAACAGUUGACGUGUAAGGUCAUAAUGAACAAGGAAAAAAAAAAUAAAGAAUGUAAACCAUCAUA